GAUGCUCGCUGACACGGCAAAGCGUGUGCGUGUAAAAGUCGGCAGUUUUUUAUUUUUUUCAGUUUUUGUUGAAUCAAAGUCUUGCCGGAAGCUUUCAAACAUGGCACGCCCACCAGCUUCGGCGGUAUUAAUUCCUGCUCCUGGGGGGUCACACACACGCUCACGUCGUGUGAGGGAGCGCGUGCUGCAUGGUGACGCAUUAGAUAGCUUGAUCACAGGCCAGCUGCGAACCUGCUCCGGCAGACGCGAGAAACCACUAUUUCGGCACUGCUAGGGGUCAUAGAGGUGGACAUGGGCAAAGGACACCAAAAGGAGAAAGUAGGACCAGUUCAUGAUCUACAUGGUGGUGCCAAUCUUUGCGGACGACUGCCAUUUUGACUUCGGCUGAGCCUGAGACGAAAACCACUACUACCAUGCCGACCACGACGAACUACCUGCUGACCGGGCUGGGGGGCCUGAAAUCCGAUAAGCACGGUUCGUACGGGCUGAUAGGAUGGCAACAGCGAAUCAAGGAGGCCGACCUUCUGCACCACGAUUCGAUGAGCGCGCACGAGAAAUGCCUGAAGAUUUUCGGGUUUCAGUUCGACUGGAGCGGGUUUCCCGUGGUCCGGGUGUCCCGGGUGGAAGCGGUCCGUCCCGACAGCAAGGAGCCUACGCGGGCCGCGCAGCAGAAAAUCGCCGUCGGGGAUAUCCUGCUGUUGUCACAGCAAGAGCGGAUCACCAUGCUCGCGCAGUGGGCGGGGAGCUCCGCCGAUGACGCCCUGAUUUCGAAAAUCGCACGGGCCCACGUGCGUGCGAACAAGUCCGACACGGAAGUCGUCUGCGCCUGGUGCUUUCUGCGGAAGAAGUGGCAGCACGAGUACAUCCAUAUCGAGUCGCCGAGCGGGCAAACCCCCGGGAUCAGUGCGGACGGAAUGGGAACAAUAACAGCGGUGGAAGGGUGGGCCGCUCAGGUCGGGCUGCAGCCCGGCGACGUCGUGAUCAUGGCCGGCUCUGAUCUGCUUGUGCCCCAGAAGAGCCAGGAGUUACCGGCGAAGCUCAGUGGCACUUCUUCGCUGCCGCUGCUGAUUCGUCGCUCUGGAGGUUGGCCUGACAACAUUCGCGCCAGUCAUGAGUACACGCCGCAACGCCCGCUGCCGUCAAAGUGGAACCACAAAACCGCAAUGACCGUCGACAGCUACCAUGCAGGAGGGUCGCCCGCGGUCGGAGCUUCCAUGGCCCCACCGUCUAGUGCCUCCGCAAGCAUGGCCCCUGGUGGCGGUAACGCCAGUAUGGCACCGGGCGGCGCACUCUCGUCGGGCGGCGCUGGCAACAUGAGUAUGGCGCCGGGCGCCGGGGCGAGCAUGGCCCCCGGUGCGGGUACUAGUUCCAGCAUGGCGCCGAGCAAUAAGGUGAAGCCCGCGACGCCGCCUCCAUACUUGAUAUGCUACGUGUGGCAGACCAAGAAGAAACCUGACCAGACGGCGCUGAUAUCCUGGCAGCAACGGAUCAAGGAUUUCGAGCUCCCGAUCCUGGAAGACGAGUCGCAGCCUGCGCACGAGCGAAUGCUGAAAGUGUUUGGCUUCAGUCUGGACUGGCGGGACUUUCCCGUGGUGCGCGUGGCAGCCACUACGCCCAUGAACGCGAAUGGUUCUGAUAAAUCGCGCUCGGCCCUGAUCGACGUGCGCGUCGGGGACAUUUUGCUCAUGACGUCGCAAGAGCGGAUCACAAUGGUGGGUCAAUGGGCGGGAAGUGGCCCCGACGAUGCAUUUGUGCAAAAAAUCGUUCGUGCGUGCGGCCGUCGAAAAACCCCCGAUGAUCCGGUGGCAGCGUUUGCCUUUUGCAAGGGCCGCUACCGGCAGAGGUACAGCUCAAGAUUUUCGUUUAUUUGAUCAUUCUCGCACAUUCUUCGCGAUCGAAAUAACACAGGCACCAUCCGACUGCACCGUGUAAAGGAAAAGUACGUGAGAACGAGGAUAUUGAUGUCCCCAACAUGAUCAUCGACAGGUAUAUCCAGCUAACUGCGGAAGGCGGGGGACUAGGCGUCGAAGCGGACGGCUUCGGACAAAUUUCGAGCGUGAGCGGUUUUGCGGCCGAAAAUGGCGUGCAGGCCGGGGACGAGCUUGUCGCAACCGAUGGGCUUGCCUUGAUCGAGAGCCUGAAGGGCGACGCGGGGAAGGUUCAAGCCGAGCUCGCGAAGGGAAAGGUGACCGCCCUGUUUCGUCGUGGUGGUGCGGGGUAUUCGCAAGAUCUGGAUCCAAUUUUCGACCGCCCACUCCCGUCGAAGUGGAAGACCGCGGUCGAUGCGGGUCCGCAGUGCCCGCUCCGGCCUGCGCCGGCAGGAGGUGCGAACAUGAGUAUGGCGCCGAGCGCCGCGGGUGCGCAGUCCAUGGCGCCGGGUGCAGCGGACGCGGGCGCUGCCAUGAACAAAAGCAUGACGGCGUCUGGAGGUGGAUCUUCUCCGAGUGCGAUGAAGAGCAUGGCUGGAUCGCCGGACUUGUUGAACAAGAGCAUGGCCAACGCAGCACCCACAGCAAGCAUGGCGGGGUCGCCCCAAAUGAAGAGCAUGGCCGGAGGAACUAGCCCUGCUAGUACAAAUGCCAGCAUGGCGCCGGGGGCGGGGACCACGAGCAUCGCAGCGGCGCCCGGAAUCGGUGCCAGCAUGGCUCCCGGCGCGGGUGGUACUUCUACCUCUGCUGCAUCAUUUUCAUCUGCGUCCGGUGGUUUGUUUCGCGGGCGCGUCAAGCCGCAAGGCGGGCCACCUCCGUAUCUGCUGUCGCUGUUAUCGACCAUGAAGCGUGGGAAGGCGGAAAUUCUAGGCUGGCAGCAGCGCAUCAAAGACAACGAGGAGGCGAUCAUGAAGGACGAAAGCCUCCCCAGUUGGAAGAGGCAUUUGCAGGUGUUUGGCUUCAAUUUCGAUUUCCGGCACUUUCCGGUGGUGCGCGUCGCGAAAACAAUCCCGAAAGCGGCAGACGGGGCGGAUGCGUCGCGUGCCGCGAAGUCUGGACUGAAAGAAGGGGCGCUGUUGCUGCUCUCCCAAGGCGAGCGGGUCACCAUGGUAGCGCGCUUCGUUGGCAAAGAUCCCCACGAUGCGAUCCUCCAGAAGGUGGUGCGGGCCUGCACACGUCGGCAGAAGCCCGACGACGUGGUGGCGCAAUGGGGAUUUGUGCAGCCGCACAAGCACGACAGGUGGGUGCAGUUGGCGCUGAACGAGCCACAGAGUGGCUUGCACGUCGACGACAACGGCGGUGUCACCGGCGUAGAUCCCGGGUCCUGGGCGAGUGCCCAGGGGCUCGCAGUCGGGGAUCAGAUUUGGGCUGCAAACGAGUUGUGUGUGGAGGUGGGGAAGGGCGGUGACUUGAAGGGGCUGCUAGACAAAACAACGCGGCCCUUGCAUCUCCUGGCACGACGGGAAAGCAUGUUUCCACUAGAAACUCUCGCCAAGGAGAACGACUUCCAGCGUCCGCUGCCUGCAGAGUGGAAGGCGGCGGUUUAUGAGAACUCGAGCGCCCCGCGGUUCCUCGAAGCCUACGAAAGCGUAGGAGGCGCGGCAGUAACUUCGAGCGUUGGCUCAGCUCCGUCAGUGACGGCCACUAUUGCGGCGAGCCCGAGCGCCACAGCGUCUAUGGCGGCGCCUGCCGCCAGCGCCUCGUCGAUGUCCUCGUCGUCAGCCAAAUACCAAGCGGUGCCUGCAAAUGCGGCGCGACCGCUGCGCGGCAAAGUCCCCCGGAAGGAGCCUGGGCCCUUUUUCUUUACCAAGCUUCCCGACGUGGAUUUUACCAAGAAGAAACUUGUGGGUUGGCAGCAGAGGAUAAAGGACAACGAAAAAGCCAUUCUGGAAGACCCGAGCCUGCCGGCAGACCAAAAGCUGCUCAAAGUCUUCGGUUUCAAUUUGGACUUCCGCGACUUCCCGCUGGUUUACGUGGCGCAAACGCAGGACCUCGCCGCGGAUGGGGUGGACAAGAGCCGCGCCACGAAAAUUGGCCUGGGGCCCGGCGACAUCCUGCUGAAAACGCAGCAGGAGCGCGUGACCAUGAUUACGCAGUGGCAGGGGAAGGACCCCAGCGACGCAUUCGUGCAAAAGAUUAACCGCGCCAUUGGACGCCGGAAAACGGUAGACGACAUGGUGGCAGCGUGGCAGUUCCUGCCCUGGGGCGAAAACGGACAGAAGGCAAAUCAGUACCUACAGCUGACUUGCACGGGCAAAUCCGUGGGUGCAAAGUGUAACGAGAACACCGGAAAGAUUGUCGGGGUUGCUAAGGAUGGAUGGGCGAAGAGCUGCGGCCUCAAGAAGGACGAUCUGGUAAAGACGAUUGCUUUUCAAAAUCAGAGGAAGCGGUCGUGAUAGAUAAGCACUCCCUUGUUCCGCUUUUCUGUAUUUUUGGGGUGUACUACGCAAACCCAAGCUCUUUUACAUGUGUUUCUUUGUCGUGUUUUUGAAAGGAAAAUCGCUCGAUUUUGGACCAAUUCAGGUGCUCCUCGUAGACGACACAGUUGCGGAAGAGAUCUUUGACGAGUUGAAUGACCGAUUUGGCCCGGAGGGGAAGCGACCUAUUACUCUCUUUCUGUACCGUGCCGAGGGUUUUGAGCAAGACUCCCUUUCGCAAGAGGAAGACUUCCGACGCCCCUUCCCCUCGGCGUGGAAGGACGCUGCGGCUCGGGGACCGAACGUGGCCGCGCCGGCCGGGGGCGCUGUCGCGGCCGCUGUCGCUGCACCGCCUCCCCCUGCGCCCGCCGCCGCUCCGGUGGCGGCUCCAACCAAGGCGGUGACGUUUGAUGACGCGAAGAAAUCUGGCGAACACGACUCGAACAAGAACCUGUCGAAGGAAGACAUUAAGGCGGCAGAGGCCGACGUCUCCGAUCCGUUGUUGAAGGGUCUCCCGGGUGUGUCCGCGGUCCGCGGCCUGAAAAAGCACGACGGCAGCGGGCCGAAUCCGUCCUUUCUCCUGGCCAACAUGUCCUUCGCCAAGAAGCCGGAAGACUUCGGAAUACUAGGGUGGCAGCAGCGCAUCAAGGACGAAGAGCUGGCGGUCCUGAAGGACAGUUCGGUGCCGCCCGCGGAGAAAAUACUCAAGGUCUUCGGUUUCCAGUUCGAUUGGCGCUACUUCCCGAUCGUGCGGGUGACGAAAAUUGAGAAGCUGGCCGUCGACGGCAAGGACAAGUCGCGGGCCGCAAAAUGCGGCGUCGUUCCCGGCUGCGUCUUGCUGUCGUGCUGCAACGAUCGCGUCGGGUUGAUUUCGUCGUGGCCAAAGGCGGACAGCGCGGGGCCGGACGAGGCGAUCGUGCAGCGUGUGUUGGGCAAAAUCGAGAAGCGGCAGGGGAAAGACGACAUGGUUUGCUCCUUCGCCAUGCUGCCGGGCCAUCGCAGUCCCCGGUAUGUGCAGCUGCAGCGGCCGGCCAGCGCAAGCUCGGCCGGGAUCAAGUACGACGAGAAAAACGGGCAGGUUACCGCGGUCGAAGGCUGGGCGGCCGAGCAGGGAUUCCAAAAGGGCGACAUCAUUUGUGUCGUCAACGACCUGGUAGCCGUGCGGGAGGGGUGGUCCAGCAAAGUGCUGGAACGGUUGGACCUCGCCGGGCAGGAAGUAAACAUUCUGGUGGCGCGGCCCUCCGGCUUUCCCGACUCCGUGCUCAGUAAGGAGCGGUCCUUUCUGCGGCCGGUGCCGGCCUCGUGGGACAAGUUGUGUGGAAAGGCGCCGGGCAGGGACGAGCUGCAAGGGGAUGCGAAAGCCGCCCCACCUCCACCCCCGCCUCCGCCGCCACCUCCUCCAGUGGAGGAAAAAAAGCCGGAGGAGCCACCGAAGCCGCCUCCAGAACCCCCCAAGGCACCAGAGCCACCGAAGGAGCCGCCGAAGAAAGAGGAGCCGCCACCCCCACCUCCGCCACCCCCCGAGCCAGUCAAGCCCCCAGAACAACCAGUGAAGCCCCCAGAUGAACCACCGAAAAAAGAGGAGCCACCACCCCCGGCACCAGAGCCAGUAGAAGGCCCGAAGGACUCCCCGCGAGACGGAGCACCUUUUUUGUUCCCCUACCUGCUGCAGGGACGCGACGGCAGCAUCGGGGCAGAGGUGCGGUACGGCGUGAAGUGCCUUCGAAUGCAUAGCAGAGCGCGGGAAAUGGUCACCGAGGCCUCGGAGCUGGGCGGGUCGUGCGAGAUUUUCGAAAAAAUGUUCGGCUUCGCGCUAGACUGGCGCGCGUUUCCGUUUGUUCGAGUGGGCAAGGUUUCGGAAACAGAAAUUCUGAAGGCGGCACUGGGCGACUUACUGCUUGCCGUAUGCGGUACGCGGACGCAAUUUCUCCCGAAAUGCGAGGGCUCCGAUCCGGAUGAGGUGAUCGCACGGCUGGUCGAGAAAACCAUCAAAACCGACAAGGUCGGGGACGACUACGUUUUCUUUCACUUCCUACCCCGGUUAGAGGUCGCGAAGUUCCUGCAAGUAACGAAGGAAGACGAUAAAAGGCAUUUUGGCUUUGGGCUAGAUGCGAAUGGGUACGCGAUCAAAAACACCGCCCCCGGGGGCUGGGCCCAAACGCAGCAGCUGCGCAAGGGCGACGAGGUGGUGGUGGGGAACAAGUCAUCCACCUUCGACAACCCGAGGCACCUGCUAUCAAAUGCAAAAAUGUCUGGGUCGGGAAGAUUUUGAGAUUUGUCAUGCUUGUCUGUCAUGGCCAAAAAGUUUGUGAUGCGUGUCCAAGAACAAACCCUUUUGCCUGUCAUGCAAAAACGCAGUUUGUCAUGCGAAAAACGCAACACAAAGAAGCGCAGGCAUUUCUCACGCUUGCCUGUGCAUUACAGAGCAUUCACUAUUCCCAACGCAGCAUUACAAGUUUCCAGACCCAGACAUUUUUGCAGUUGAUACCUGCAGGCGGUGAUCGAUGGCCCGCGGCCGGCGCAUUUGUUGGUGUACCGGAAAACCUUUGGGGGUUUCCCGCCGGGGCUACAGGAGAAAAGCAUAGCGCCACCGAAGAGUUUGCCUUCGGUUUGGGGAAAAUACGACAGCGGCAUCAAAUACGACCCUGCUGCGGCCGCGGCGGCUGUGGAGGCCGCCGCCAAAGCGGCUGCGGAGCGUGCCGCAGAAGCCCGAGCGGCUGCGGAGCGAGCGAAGAAGCCCGUAAGCCUGGACGCCCUCACUGCUUCCGGUGCGGACUCGUCUCCGGGACCGCAAGCACCCGCUCCCGCACCUGUGAAGAAAGGCUUUUUCGGUCGGGCACGCGCCCGACGGCAGGCGGAAGAGAAGCUCUUGGCACAGGCAAGUGGUACCGCAGCCAGCACGGCUGUAACCGCCAUCGCGGCCGCCGCCGGCGAAUCUCCACCUGCAAUUGUGCCAGAGGUAAGUGAGCAGGUGAUCAGUCCGAUCUCGCCCGCCACCUCCUCGAAGAGCCCGCCCCCGCAUUCCUACGCCGCCGCUAUGAUAGACAAACCACACGCCCACAAGGUGUCAGAGGAGCAACCAGCGGGAGAUGGUAACCAGAAGGACCGCAGGGAAGAUGCAGGAGUUGAUGUGCCGAACGCAAUCGAGUCACUCGGAACAGCGGCUGUUGCGCUAGCGUCGUCUGAAAUCGUGGGGAAAGCUUCAGGUGCGCUUAGAGCCGCUACGGACAGUUGGCUAGUGGGCUUGUCUGCGAAAGACGAGGACCCAAAACCCAGUAGUGCUGGUGCAGCACCAAAAUCACGCAUAAAAGCAAGGCUAACGCCAUCGAAGUCUUCCCCAGCUAGUACUUCGCCAGUGGAAAGAAGAGUGAAGACAGCAACGCAGAAGGCCCGCGGCGCAGUCACCAGUGCAGCGCUGAUACGCGGUGGAAAGUCAGCUUCGCCAGGACGAAGUUCGCCUGGAAUAGGUACCAGCAAGUACAAGGCUGCUGCGCGAUCGGAAAGCUCUCCCGCUGCAAAGCGCGCUCCUGGCAAGAGCAAAAGCCCGCUCACGCCCGCGAAGGCAGCAAAGCCCGUAGCUUCGCCCCGCGGGCCCCCACCAGACGACGAGGAGGAUGAUCACGACCUUUCCUUUGACACAGCAGGUAAAACAAGGCAGCGGAAGAGUCCGGGCUUUCUUUCACAAGCCAUGGGAGCCGCCAGGGUGGCGGCUGGUGCGGUAUCGAGGAGCAGGAGUCCUCUCGUUGCAAAGAAACAGCCGCCCGCCCCCACUGCGAAAGCUACUUCGCCGUUAGUAGGUUCUUCGAAAAGUACUAGUCCCGCGAUCGCAGCCGCGCAGGAAAAGAAGACCGACUCUGGUAAAAAUUACGUCUCUGCGCUGAAACCGGAUGCUUUGUUUGGCGACGGGCUGAUCGAAGAGGCGCGCAUGAAGGCUGCUCGCGAGAACGACGAGGCCAUGAAUGCGCUUCGGUUGCAGCUGAACGAAAUGAAGUCGACCAUCGCCAAGGAGCGCGAAGAGGCGCAGAAGACACGGGAGCGGCAGGAACUCGAAGAGCAGAAACGAAAAUUGGACCUUCAGCGGGAUUUUCAGAAGCAAAUGCGGGAUAUGGAAGCGAAGAACGCCACGAAAUUGCAGCAAAUGAACGCUGCGGCAGCGGCGGCGUCUUCGUCAUCCGCCGGCAGAACUGCAACCGAGCAUGCGCAGUCGCCGUCGUUCUUCGGACAGACCUCCCCGGUGCUGGGGCAGAGCCCGCCCCUCGACACGAGCGCGUUUUUUCCCGCGACUCCGAUGCCAGCGCCGCCCGCACACCACCAGGGCGCCUUCGCAUACACGACGCCGCAGUUGAUGCCCACCAGCGCCGGGCAGAUGCUGCACAGCCCAGCGCUGAUGGGAAGCAGCCCCAUGCUGGCGAACUCCAUGCUGGACCAGUUUGCUUAUUUCCAGCAGCAGCAACGCAUCGAGGUGCUGCGCAACGAGAAGAACCUCCUGCAGGAGGAACGGGACUACUACCGCCGCAGACUGUUGGAAUUCGAGCGCGAUGCGGAGAGAAAAGGCCUGCCCGAGCAAAAGAUGAAGGAAAUGGAAACGUACUACCAAACGCGCGAAGUAGAGCGGCUGCAGGAGGGGUUCGCUCGGUUCCAGGGCGAGAUUCGCGACCUCCGGGAGCGAAAAGAUCUCGACAUCGAACGACUGCAGCGGCGGGUAGACGAGCUCAAGGACCUCUUGGCAAAAAGCGAGCAAGAAAAACUGGUCAUUCCUAAGGGCUCGCCGAGGUACACUUUUAUUUUCGUAUAAUGCUUGGGCUUGGCUUACUCGUUAUUUCUUCUUGGUAUUCACGCCUAUGAAAUAAACCGCGAGUCAUUUUUGAUUCCCUCACACAACAAUGAAUUCUUGCAGGCGAGAGCGGGAACUGGAGGACCAGAAUGGGCGGCUGAAGGAAGAGGUGCGGAAGUUACGGCAAAGCCAGGAGGAGAUUGAGUUUGAAGUGACCAAGUUGCGGCGACAGCGGCGACUCGAGGAGGAGAGCGGAACGACGCACUCGGAGGCGGAGGUUGCCAAGCUGAAAGUGGAGCACCGCCUCGAGGUGAGUCGGUUGAAAGAGCAACUGAUUCGACAAGAGGAGUUGGCCAAGUCCAUGGAACGGAUGUACAGCCACGAGCGCGAGAUCGCCGCGGACCGCGGGCCAGCGCUUUCCCGGUCCUUGAAAGCUUCGCUGCUCUCCGAGAGCAGUGGAGGGCGCAUGUUCGACAUGCGGACCGGCGACGACGGCACUUCUCGAGGGGGGUUGUCACCCAGCGACCUACUGGAUCGGUCCCCUGGCUUGGAUGGGGACAAGCCCUGCCGCUUGUGCGACGCCGUGCAGUAUCAAAUGCAAAAAUGUCUGGGUCUGGAAACUUGUAGUGCUCGGUUGGGAAUAGUGAAUGCUGUGUAAUGCACAGCCGAGCAUGAGAAAUAUCUGCGCUGCUUAGUGUUGUGCUGUCCGCAUGGCAAACUGCGUAUUUGCGUGACAGGCAAAAGGCUCUCUUCUUGGUCACGCAUCACAAACACUUCAGUCAUGCCAGACAAGCAUGACAAACAUGCACUCUUCCAGAACCAGACAUAUUUGCAAUUCAUAUGCAGCGCAAAGCAGCAGAAGAUCGCGCCAGGAUGUUGCAGAAAUUCUCAGCAGAAAUCGAGAGCUUGGAAAAGAUAUGGAUUGCAAAUAUGUCUGGGUCUGGAAACUUGUAAUGCAAGUCAGUCAAUAACAAAUGCACUGUAAUGCGCCGCCAAGUAUGACAAGUUGUUUCGUGCUUCUGUGCUGCGUAUUCCGCAUGAGAAGCUGCGUUUUUGCAUGACAGGCGAGAGAGGCUGUUUGUGGCCACGCAAUACAGAUUUUAGGGCCAUUCCAGAUCAGCAUGACAAUUCUCGCAAUCUUCCAGACCCAGACAUAUUUGCACUCGAUAAAAUAACUUCGCCCUACGCAGCGACGGAGGCGCUGCGGGAGGCUCUGCGGCUUCGAGCUCGUAAAAAUACUGCUUUGAUUAAGUACACUAGCUUAUCACACUUCAAUUUUUUUUUUUCCGUGCGUGAUUCUGCAUGAUUUUGUCAAAGUUUUUUCUGGUCGCCUUUGAAGUAACAACGGAAGGGCUCCUAUUAAUUCGUUGCAACGUGAACGUCAUUCUGCAUCCUAAAGGUAUCGCCUAGAGGACAUCAGCGACAUGUACGAGAAAGUGAUAGAGCGGAAGAUUUCGCAGAAGGCCUUCCUUUCCUGGUUUCAGAACGCGCGCGUGUCGCAGCUGUCCCGCGAAUUGCGCUCGCGAGAUGGCAACACGAAUCUUGACCAGCGACGGCUCCUGAAUGCAGCGCGGACUGCCGCGGCGAUGCGUGAGGAUCUGCGAGACCUGCGCCGAGGAACCAUGCAAGAUUUGCGCAAGUACGCGGAGUUUCUGCUGAAGGCACGCGACGGCUGGACACACUUCGUGCAGCAAGUGGCCGAGCGGCACCAGGGAAAUAGUAAGGGAGGUGGAUCUUCUGCUCGACCAGGAAGCCGCUCCCCGCCCAACAUCAAGUCCGUCUCGAGGCACAUUGCAGGCACCGCGAAGGCCAAGGGACCGCAGGGGACACGGACGGCAGCUGGCGGAAAUCGAUUUGCGUUUUACCCGGAUGCGCGGGACGCGGCCAGCGUGGAUGUUGUGUCGGGCGACGACGGGGAGGAGCCAUUCCAAUUUCUUUGUCUGGAAGAUGACGGGAAUAUGUAAAAAAAUUUUGAAUGGCGCCAUGCUUUGAUCGUGUGUGAUUUGUUGUGUCGUUGAGGUGGUUUCUUCUGCUCUACUUACUGCGCUCUGGUGGCUUUGUUUGCGGUCGUGGUGCUCCUGCACUGAUUUCGUGUGCUUGUGCCUGAAAUGAUCCUCAUGUCGAAGAAAAAACUCCUCUACCAACUCAGAGCGGCGGCCGCGAUCCAAGUGGGGGAAGAUCCGGAUAACUUUCUCGCGUCAGCUACGGAAGUGUCAGAAUCGAAACUGACAAAGUCGAAAAAUUUGUGAUGCACAAAAUCGAUGUCAGUUGGACCCUCAGUUUUUACGUGGCACAUAACAAAUUUCGGGAGCACCCAAAUCCAGUCUGUCAUGCUGUUUGGGCAAGAAUACUGCUCCUGUCAUGCUACUCUGGCAGCUCAUUGCAUACCCCUAAACAGGCUGACAAUCCGUCUCAUUUGCCUGCUCCCCAAUACAGGCCUUCAGUGCCCUACAUUUUACGCAUCAUAAAAUUUUCGACUUUGUCGAUUUCGAUCCUGACACAUCCAUAUCAGCCACUUCGGUCGUUGACGAAGCGAGCGAGCUGCGGCCCGUGUCUUGGACGGCCUCGCAACUGGUCAAGAAUAAGCAGGUCGCGGUGGCGACGGAGGAACACGAGCAGAGCGCGUCUCUGUCCUCUCCGACACCGAAACAGCAUUUCGAGAAGCGGUUCGCGCUAAACGAGCUCGUCAGCUUGGCGUCUCCCCCGAACAUAAAAAUGUCGCUUACGAAAUCGGAUUAAAGAAAGCGAAACGCCGGACGCAAACCUGCUUCCCAAAGCUUUUAAAACCUCGACUCUCCGACAGGGUACUGUACGAAACCUUGAUAGACAAAAUCCUAUGGAGUUGUAAGGACGUCCCUUGUGUUGAUGUGCACUCGAGGAAUUCACUCAACAUAUGAGAAAAUUCUAAAAAAUGCAAUAAUUCCACUUUCGAACAAAUUCAUCGAAUGCGUUCACGCAUGCCAAAAAUGCUAACGCAGUUUGCUUCAUCAAGUUUCCAAUUAAUGUCUGCAGCAGAUCUGGACUACGUAAAUGCGAAACGUACAAAAGUCCAAGACUCUCGAUUAAGUGACUCAAAAUAAACUCAAAAAUGUGCACUGCACUCGAACUCGUUUACGAUUCUAGAUACUAAGAUGGCAACAUUGCAGUGCCGAUUAAAGAAAUGAUGAGUUGUAGGAAAUGUAUCAACCACUACCACACACUCCCUGGUGGCGGAGACGCACUAUACCCCGUUUGUAAGAUUGCAGAUGAAACCCAGCUGGACCUGAACUUCGAUUUGUAGAUAUCAAAAGAGAAUAGAAAAAUUCGAGGC